AUGAAUCCGGAAGGUGAGGAGUCUCAGGUAUCCACGAAUGAGGCUGUAGAUGAUAUAAUGGAUGUUGGUUCAAGCUCAAAGAUUGUCAGAUCUCAGCCAUUUCAAAGACGAACCCGAGACUGUGACCUGGAUGAAUCAGCGGUCAAGGUCGAGUUAAGCGAAACUGUUGUUAGCAAAACAUCAAAAAGUUUGAAAGCUCUUUUUGAGCAGCAAGAAUACGAAGAGAUGCGAAAUACCUCAUGGGCUGAUCUGAUGGAAGAAGAAGUAACAAAAUCAAGAAGUGGCUCACAAUCACAGAGUAGAGAAGAGGUUAUAGCACCGAAAACACGAUCAAUAGAGAAUGAUUGUAUCGUUUUAAGUUCUGACGAGGAGUGUUCAAGCCUGUCAUCUACUAUUAAGCAGUCAGAUAUGGAUUGGAAUAAAACCACUGCAUCGAAGAAAAAACGAAAGACGAAAUAUAGAUUUAAACGCAAUGUGGAGCUUACAGAAGCGUUGGCUAGUCAGGCAUUAAAAAGUGAUGUUCAAGUUUCCGGAAGACUGCGUCGUGCUAUUAAGCGAGAUAAAGUGCAAGGAGUUCAAGCGUUAUCUGCGACGAGUACUGAUGAUGACGAUGGUCUAACAUCUUCGAAAUGUCAGAAAAAAAGAAGAAAAGAUGUACAUAAGGAAAAGACUGUUUAUGAAGCUAGUAGUUCGAAAUUUGACUCUAAAGACUUGCCUCUCAGUGGUGUUAAACGUUCUAGUAGAGAAAGUUCGCCUGGAAGUAUUUCUAGUAUUGCUUCCACGUUACACAUUAAGCAGGGUUGGUCAGAACCAAAACUUGGUUGGUGCAGAGAUGAAAUUACUCUUCUGAGGCGUUCAAAGGAAAUCGAAAAAGCAAAGGGAAAGCCAGUAUACGCGAAAUAUCUUGCGAAAGUACCGCGACAUGCUCGGACGAAAGAUAUGCCAAAAACUCCUAACAAAUAUAUCUCGUACUCACGUAGAUCGUGGGAUAAACAGGUACGUGUAUGGAAGCGGAGAUUAUAUGAAUGGGCUGAUGAGGAGCCGACUCAAAGCUGCUUAAGCUUAAAUGAAUCUACAAGUGAUGACAUCUCGGAUAGUGAAAUAGUUUCUUCGUCUCCUUGUACUUUGAUGUCAGAUGAAAACAAAUUGUCUUUGGAUGAAAUCAAGGUGGAACAGGAUGUAGCAGCUUCCCUUCUUGGUUAUCUUGAUAUCGAUACACGAACCAAUACACUAACAAUUAUGAAGACUGAUGAUGAAUCAACGCUCAAAGGACCAUCUCGCAAUGUUCUUGGACCUCGUGAUUUUAGUCAGCUUUAG